GCCCCUGAGUUGAGAAUGGCCAAGUGGCAGAGGUGCAGACGAGGCUAAAUUGGUGGCGGUUCGUUCCUUGUGAAAAAUGGCUUCCUCCGACUUUGUGACGGAGGUGGAGGUCCAGCCAGAGAUACAGGAGGUUGAGAUCGAAGCUAUACCGGUGGACGUGCCAGUGGAAACGAUAGAGACUUAUGACGGACAGCCGAUAAUAGCGCUCCAACAGUUGCCCGAACCAGGACGUGAGGAAAUUAUAUUCCAAACCCAGGAAGAAGUUGUUGGUGAACAGGAAAUCCCCUAUGAAAUCCCCGUGCCCGUGGAACAUGAUGUGUGUGUCGAGUCCUCGCCGGGUCCCUCGAAGAAGAACCAGAGAAAAGGACAGAAGAGGAGACGAGAUAUGGACGAGUUCACCUCGGUCUCCGUGGGACAUAAAUGGGAACAGAAACAAGUCCAGAUCAAGACCCUCGAGGGAGAAUUUUCCGUGACGAUGUGGUCUUCGGGUGUAGACGAAGAUGACCUCAGUAACCCAGAACCAGAUCCAGAUUAUACAGAGUACAUGGCAGGAUCGAACAAGAAGAUAGCGGGUAUACCUGGCGUUGACCUCUCGGACCCCAAGCAACUUGCCGAAUUUGCCAAGAUAAAGCCAAAGAAAUCUAGUAGCGAUGACAUUGCAAGAACUAUUGCCUGUCCGCAUAAGGGUUGCAACAAAAUGUUUCGUGAUAAUUCAGCAAUGCGUAAACAUCUACAUACACAUGGUCCAAGAGUGCAUGUAUGUGCAGAGUGUGGGAAAGCCUUUGUGGAAUCUUCUAAACUUAAAAGACAUCAGCUGGUGCACACAGGAGAAAAACCGUUUCAGUGUACUUUUGAGGGAUGCGGCAAGAGAUUCUCUCUGGAUUUCAAUCUACGAACACAUGUGCGGAUUCACACGGGAGAUAGGCCGUACGUUUGUCCAUUUGAUGGCUGUAAUAAGAAGUUUGCUCAGAGUACCAAUCUCAAGUCACACAUCCUCACCCAUGCCAAAGCAAAAAAUAAUAUGCGAGGAGCACCAAGUACAACACCCCAGUAUGAAACAGAUUACAACUCGACGCAACAGUAUGUUCAGGUGGAGAUGCCGUCGCCAGAUGACCAACAGUUUGUUAUCUAUUCAAGCUAAAUAUUAUCCAAGUUUUAGUGGUAUUGACUAGAGACAAAAUGUUUGGUGUUACACCAGUGUAUUUUUUAUGCCAAUAACAUUUCCUGGAGUUGCCGGUGGUUGCAGACUAGAAAACAUACCAUACCUAUUUAGGUGUACAUUUUGAACAUGUGGAAAGAGAUGUUAUAUUUAAGAAGUGCUUUAUGAUGAGAUGUGUAUGAUAUACGUAUUUGGAGACAACUCAUUCUUCACAAUGAGAGUGAUUUAAUAAAGAAUUAACCAAGAUAUGGAUACUUUAAUUUCGACUGAUUUCUACUUCAGUUGCAAAAGAAUGGUACAAGGUGUGUACUGGAAUGGGAAACAUCAUGUAAACAUUUGGUUAAAGCAUGAGGUUUUAGGCUGUCAAAAGUGUUGUCCAAGGCAGGUAACAUGUAAAUAGCAUCCCUUCUUGUCAUCCUACCUCUUCUCUUUCUUUUCGUUGUGUCUCUUUUGCAUAAUCAGUCAGGAAAAGUUAUUUGAUAUUUGUUAUUUUUAUUGUGAUUUCUAGAAAGAUAUAUAGGACUUCAGUUGCCUUUACCAAAGGUUUGUGUAAAUCUUUGAUGUGAUCAUCUAGAUUGAAAGGCAGUGACCAAUUAUUAUAAAGGAUGCAUGUAUUUGUCAGGAAUAAGAGAGAGUGAAUCUACAUGAAUGUCAUUUUGUGUUUGUAAUUGUAUUUACUUGACCCUGCACAUGCACAAACCAGACAUACAUGCUUGCACAUAAAUGGUUAUAACUGUAUGGGAGUAAAAGAGUAUAUUAGUCAACCAAAAAACAAAUUAAAUGAAAAGAAAAUUCUUUCUUUUUUCUUUCUUCCAUUAAUCUGUGGGAGAACUCCUGACUAUAACUGAAAAGUGUGUUGCUUCAGAUCAUAUAAAAUUUCAUAAUUUAUUUCAUUGUUAUUACAGAUGGUUGUUUCAUAAUACUGCUUUUUUAUGUUUUAUUACUGAUAUUAGUGUUAGUAUUAUUACUAUUACUUUUUUGCUCAUACUAUUUAAUUCACUGUUAUUAGUAAUAUUGUACUGGUAAAUUAAAUAUAUAUAUAUUUUGUUCCCAGAAUGAAUGAUCUUAGCACUUUGAAGUAAGAAAUAUUUGACAAAGUGAAUUAAUAUGUGUAUUUGUGUUACUCCAGGCAAAAUAGGCCAUUUUCUUAAAAAUUAGUGAUUUUUCAGUUACCUCGCAGGCUCUGUCCUGAGAGAGAUAGAGAAUUAAUUAAGAAUAAAAGGUUAUAUAUUAUCCAUCAAAGCAGUAUAAAGAAACAAACCUUCAGUACUGGUGUUUCAAUUUGUGGGAGCUUUACAGUAGGUCAGGCAGCAAGGCAUAAGAAAAUGGCUUAAAUCGUUUGAUUUUAGUAAUAUUGUGUGUAUGUGUAUUUCUGUUUGUGGGAUAAAUGGCCAAAUGUCGCAGCCUUCAAAGAUUGUUGUCUGCAGUUGAUUUUCUCUGUAAUUAUUUGUAGUCUUUGAUUUUAUUUAUUAUUAUUAUUUUUUGAAAUUUAUUAUUAUUUUUUAAUGUUUUGAUUUUGUCUGAAAUGAGAAAUUAAAAAGAAUAGUAUAUUGAUUUGACUAAAACUAGUAGAAAAGAAAAACAAUCAGGUUUGUAGAUUUUUGAAGUAAAGUUUCAGUCUUGCUCUUUUUCUUCAUCUGAUACAUACCUUUGGGGCUUAAAAAAAGAAUUUUCUUUAGAAUGACUGAUUUGACAGCUACUUCUAUUUCACUUAUCAAACAGUAUUCAAAAUAUCUGUAGGUAUGCAGGUAAGAUAACAAUUUUUUGGUAUUUGUUAUCUUGAUGGUAAUCAGUCAGGUGAACCAAAAAAUUGAGUUAAAAAAUAUUUGAAACUGUAAUAUCUGAUGGCAAAGCAGCAAAUGGUAUAAAUGGCAUUUCAGUGUUUUAUGCACAAUGGUUUGUAUCUAUGAACUUUAGGUCUUUUGAUUCUGUUUGAAUUGUUAUUUUUGUUACUUUUGUGUAUUGAGGAGCUAGGAGGAUAUGCAAAUGUACCCAGAAUAUUUGGUGUGUAGUAACUUAAACUUGAGUAAAACUGUGUUAUACUGAGAGGAGUGUAUGUAGUUAAGUUUGCUAAAUGUAAAGAUCUCACUAUAUUUAUUUUCUCAAAACAGAGUGCUUUGAAGUAUGUAUCUUGUCUCAAAAGAAAUAUAUGACAGAUGAAGUGGUUCUCAGACGAUGCCAUCAUUGCUUGUACUAACAGUAUUUUGAUGCUAAUAUAACAAGGAUGAAGGUAACAGUACAAUUAUCAGUUAAGUUGUGUAGGAAAGGAAUAAUGAUUAUGUGAAAUGAUUAAUAAUUUUUGUUACUAAACCAGGUCAAAUGUCAUCUUCAAUAAUUUAUUGAUAUCUAGGCAAUUUUUGUCCUACAGAGGUCAUAGGACAAAUCUGUUUUUUAUGAUUCUGUGAAUCAGAACAGAUUUUAAGGAAAAGUAUAUUUUUAAGGCUAAGAAACAAAGUAACAAAUAUUCAGAUGGAGGUUUGAAGAUUGUAUCAUUCUAAGCUGAUGACAACAUAAGUACUUCUUUGACUUUGAAGAAUCAGCUUUUUAUGGCUGGUUUACUGGAAAACUUAAGAAUUGUUUUAUAAUUCUGAGCAAUCAAAUUGCAUCCUCUAGAGUAAUAUUGUGAGUUUAAUGCAGUCUCUAAAUUGUAUUGAAAUUUGAUAUAGAGACUGUAUUCUUUUUUCAUAAUACUAAUUUUAUUAGGGCUUUGGUUUAGGUAACCCAUGUCUAGCAAAGUCCAAUGGAUUUGCUUUUCUCUGAAGCUCCUAAAUAUUGCUUGUUAAUAUUAGGUAAAUACCGUAUAUUAGGAAAUGUGAUAAGAUUUGUAUGUAUGGAAUUCAUUACAAUAAUGAAUAUUAGUCAGUUAAUAAAAAA